CAAGGGUCAGGGCAUUACAGAGCUGAUUCUGUCUAGGUCAGAGAACAUCGCAGGUUCAGGGAAGGUGGUUCUGUUGUCCACUAUUUAGUCAACUCAUUUUUUUCCUUUUCCCACAGACUGUGUGACCCUGUGUGAGCAAAGCCACCCUCAGGGACCCAUGUGCAUCAUCUUCUUUAAGUUCGAUCCUCGCCCCGUUUCCAAAAAUGCAUACAGGCUCAUCCUGGCAGCCAACAGGGAUGAAUUCUACAGCAGACCAUCCAAGGUAGCAGACUUCUGGGGCAACAACAACGAGAUCCUCAGCGGGCUCGACAUGGAGGAAGGCAAGGAAGGAGGCACAUGGCUGGGCAUCAGCACGCGAGGAAAGCUGGCAGCGCUCACCAACUACCUGCAGCCGCGGCAGGACCCAGACGCCAGGGGCCGAGGUGAACUUGUGGCCCACUUUCUGACAACAGACAUGGACAGUUUUUCCUACUUGAAGAAGGUCUCCACAGAGGGUCAUCUGUACAACGGCUUCAACCUCUUAGCAGCUGACCUGAGCACAGAGAAGGGAGAUGUCAUCUGCUACUAUGGAAACCAGGGGGAGCCUGAACCCAUUGCCCUGGUGCCAGGGACCUACGGGCUGAGCAAUGCGCUACUGGAGACUCCUUGGAGGAAGCUGUGCUUUGGGAAGCGGCUCUUCAUGGAGGCUGUGGAGCAGAGCCAGGCGCUCCCUAGGGAUGUCCUUGUCACCAAGCUUCUGGACGUGCUUAACAACGAGGAGGCGCAGUUGCCGGACCCGGCCAUUGAGGACCAGGGCAGGGAGCAUGUGCGGCCCAUUCUGAGCAAGUAUGCGGCUGUGUGCGUGCGUUGCCCAGACUAUGGCACCAGGUAUGGCAGGCUGCUGGGUGCAUCCAGUCCUGUCCCACAAGGAACACGGCCUUACCGGAGCUCUGUGGAUCCCAGAGCUCAACUUUAUCUAGAAGUGGCUGCCAUUUCAGCUUGGGGGGCUGUGGAAUGAGCAGAUGCCAGCUUCCAGGGGUGCUGCUAACUAGUCUCAAAGCCCCUGAGGCUUCCAUUGCUUCUCAGGAGGGGGUCCUAGGCUCCCCCCUGCCUUCUUACACAGCCACAAGGGGCCUGAGAUAGCAUUGGACAUACUCAUGUUAGCAAGUCCCUGUCGGCCUGGAGGUCCCCCUAUCUGGUUCUUCCUUUCACUUGCUCUGUGUCCCUUGGCCUGUCAUGUUCUUUGCAUGACCAGGGUUGGGAUUAGGUCAUCUCAGCCUGGAAUACGGCCUUAUCCCAGGAAAAGUAAAAAUGUCUUGGCUACAAGGUCAAAAUGUCCAGGAGAGAGAAGCUGUUGGCAUGGGUGUCUGCUGUCCUGGCAAAUUCCUUUCCUGCCUCCCUCCCUCCUGGGUGUGAGGCUGGGAGGCCUGGCCCGUCCACGUGGCUCCAUCAGAGGGCAGCCCACAUGCUGUAAUUGGAGGUGCUGGGACGCACAGAGGAGGGUAGGUUGCUGGAGGCUGUUGGUCCAGCCAAGAUGCUGUAGGAGUGCUGCUGCCAUGUGCCUGGUUCACCUGGCCUGGAGGUGGAGCAUGGCCUCAUGUGUAAGCCACAUCUGCCUAGGCUCAGCUUGCAUCAGGUCCCAUGGGCACCAGCCUUGUGUGAGGUGGGGGACCUGCCCUUGGGGGCUCAUGGCCACCAAGGACUCAGGAAUGAGGUGUUUGGGCCAUGACCAGUGCUGACUAAUGUCAGGGUGGUAUCACACAUAUACCUGGUUUUUGGGUUCAGGUAGUUUGAGACUGAGAGAGCCAAGCCCCUUCUAUCCCCGCAAGUGGGAGAGGCUGGGUUAUUGUUGCCUCCAUGUAGUAAGGAGGUGGUUCUCCCAGGAGGAUAUGAGCCAAUCUUGUGGCUUUGCUGAUG